AUGGUUCUGUCAGGAAGGGGAAGGAUCCACCGGGAAUUCAGCAGCGCCCCAGCGCCGGGGCCGGGAGAGGAGAUGAUGCUGGGGAAAGGAUCCUCCAGACCUACACCCAUCACUCGCCCAAACCCCUCCCUCAGCAGCCAUCGGGCUCCCGGAACAGGCUCAGGAUGAGCCCGGAGCUGACUCUGGCUCGCCCCGCGUGUGCGCGGGCUCUGCCCCCCUGUGCCAGCCCAGCCGGGCACCGCUCUCGGGUACCCCUGGCACGCAGGGAAUUGUCCUACGAGGCUGCGGGCAGUGCUGCAGAACGGCCAGAACACAGCCUGAGCCUCCCCGGUGGAGCCGGGAGCGCGUCCCGGCACCGGGAGCGGAGCGCACCUGCGGCGGGGCCGGCCGGGAGGAGUUCCGGCUCUCCAAAGCGACAGGAUGCGUUUGAACAAGGAGAUGUCCUGUGGUAGCCUGUGCCCCUCUGGGAGGUCCUGCCUGCCUUAGCCAGCGUCCUGCCAGCGAUGGCCUCCACGCCCCAGUGAGGAGCACAAGGACGAGGAGAGAGUGUCCCCAACACUGCCACACCCCCGGGGAGAGCCAUGGAGGCCCCUCUGGACGUGCCCGUGGGGAACCUCAUUGACUUUGACACCGACACGCCCGCCCGUGACCCCUCAGAGCCCGCUGCUCCCGGGGACAGCGGCCACCCGGGGGGCACAGGGGACGAGGCCACCGAGGAGAGCGAUGCCACCGAGUCAGCAGACAGCGAGAAUGACAUGGGGGACUCCCCGGGGCACUGGCGUGGCCACCGCCGCUCCUCCUCCAUCGAGUCCUUCUCCUCCAGCCACAGCACGGAGUCGGCGCAGGACGAGGCCACGGCCGAGCGCCGCGAGUUCAUGCGGAGCUACGUGGAGAAGAUCUUCACCGGGGGAGAGGAUCUGGACCAAGAGGAGAAGGCCAGGUUUGGGGAGCUGUGCAGCAGCGAGAACGGGAAGGGCAGGGAGUGGUUUGCGAGAUACGUGAGCGCCCAGCGCUGCAACUCCAAGUGCGUGUCGGAGCAGACCUUCUACCGCCUGAUGCAGUCCUUCGCCCUCGUGCUCUUUGAGUGUCACCAGAUGGACGAUUUCAGCCCUGCCAAGAACCUCAUGACCAUGUGUUUCACCUAUUACUACAUAGGGAAACCUCAGGCCCUGCCCUUGGAGACCAAGGAGAAGCCCACGGGCAGCAUCGACUCGUACCUGAAGUCGGCGAACACGUGGCUGGCUGAGAAGAAGGACAUUGCAGAGAGGCUGCUGAAAAACACCUCGGCCAAGACAGAGAACGUCAAAGGCUUCUUUGGGGGCCUGGAGACCAAACUGAAGGGUCCUUCCCCCAAAAAGAGCGACGAAGGUGAGGACAAACCAAAGGAGAAGCUGAAGAAGACGGUGUCCCUGCAGAGCCCGGAGGAGGAGAAGAAAGGGGAGAAGAUCUACCUGUACAUGCACCUCAAGCAGCAGCCCAUCUGGCACAACCUGCGGUUCUGGAACGCCGCCUUCUUCGACGCCGUGCACUGCGAGCGCAGGAAGAGGUCCCCCACCACCAGAGGGAACACUGGGGAGGAAGAGGAGAAGAGGGAGAAGUGGUGCCACAUGACGCAGGAGGAGCGCGACGACAGCCUGCGCUUCAACGAGAACAUCACCUUCGGGCAGCUGGGCACCUUCAUCCACAACAUGCUGGCCUUCGGCCUCAACAAGAAGCUCUGCAGUGACUUCCUCAAGAAGCAGGCGACCAUCGGCAACUUGGAUGAAGAGCAGUACAAGCUGCUCAGUGACCACAUCGAGCAGAUGGCCACCGAGUAGCCGCCUGGCCGGCAGAGGGACGGCGGCCGGACAGGUGGGGAGGGCAGAGGAACCCGCCCCCGGGGCUACCUGAGGCUGAAGCUGGGCUACCUACAAACCAAACCACCCACACGAGCUGCAAUAAAACCUGCAUGAUCGUCCACCAGACUCUAGAGCUGCCCCAGGGCAGCCUGUAGACAUAGGAGCCAAGCAGCCCCCGCCCUCGCCAGACCCUCCCGCCUCUAUUUUCGGAGUAGACAGCCCCCAAAGGGAAUUUUGUUGGUUAAAAAGCAAAACAAAACACAAGGGGGAAGCAGGAGGAGCGUGGCUGUGCAGCCCCCAGGUGCUGUCUGCAGCAGCCCCCAUGGAACGCUGGUGGGGUCUGUGGUGGUAAAUCCAGAGGUGUCCAAGGCUGCCCUUCCCUGCUGCUGUCCCCUUGCUGAUGCUGGAGGUGAUGGCAGGGACCACAGCCAGGAGCUGGGGCUGCACCCGGCCACCCCUCAGCUUGUGGGGUGUCUCCAGGGAUGUCACACUGCCUGGGGACAUGGGCAGGGUGGGGCUGCUGCCACCCUCGGGGAAAUCCUUCCCUGGGGAAUCCUUUGCUUCGCUGCCUGUGUGGGUUUGUACCUCUGGGCUAAGAGACAGCAGUUUGCUCCACAUCAUUAGCCUGGAUCAGCAGGAAAAAAGCCAUGCCCUUGGGCAGGAUUGCGGGCAGAGGAGGCAGAGCAGCUCUGCUGGGCUCGGGAGAUGAGAAAACGCCUCCUCCCUCUCCCUGCUGCCCUGUCAGUGUCGGGAUGCUGCUGGAUUGUGACAUUUCCCAAAGCCUCCUGGCGUCCUGUGGCACUUGAUUAAUUGUCCUCCCUCCCCGGGCUGCUCCUCUCUGCCCUCUCCUUCGCCAGCUCUGCGCUGCAGCUGCUCAUCCAUCAAUCCUGAAAUAGCCCUGGAUGAAGGACAUCUCCUCCUCUGCUCCAGGGCUGGCAGCUCCCACCACAGCAGAUCUGCUCUAUCCCUUGGACCUUGGUGUUUGCAGGGAGGCUGGGGGCACGGGGACAUUGCUGGGGACAGAGGGACAUUGCUGGGGGCACAGGGACAGCUCUGGGGACACAGGGACAUCGCUGGGGACAUGGGGACACCUCUGGGGACACGGGGACAUCGCUGCUCCCCUCUGCAAGGAGCAGCCCACAGGGGCACAAACCCCCAGCCCUGCACAGCCAAGGGUCCAAGAGAGCCUCACCCUAAACCCAUCACCCCGAAAUACCAGUCCAGGUUUCAGUCAAUCCCUUUUCCCUGUGCUGCCAGCUGGAUCCCCUAGGAAUUAGCAUAAAAUGAUAUUUUUCCAUGCUUUUGGUGUCAUUUCCAAGCAUCAAAGUGAUGCUUUGACCUAAGCUGGGCUUCCCUCUCUGCUGGGGAUGGGAUCAUGCUGGAUCUUGCAGGAAGGACAAAUCCAGCACCAAUUUUUCCUUGGCCAUCCCCAAACCUGGGCAGAGUUACUGGAGAAGGGUUUUUGUUUGGGUGAGGGGGUGGUGUUGGUCCCUCCUCCCAAUGAACACCUUCCUGCUGGAUAAAAUGUGCUGGAUCCUGGAGCAUCCCAUCCCCAUGGCCUUCCCUGUCUCUGUCUCCACUCAGGUCUUUCCCAAAUCCUCCUUCAUUUCUUUAUUAUUAAUAUAAUUAUUGUUAUUUUUUUCCAACAUGAAAAGUUCAGCGCUGAAGUAUAUAUAUUAUUUGCAUGUGUAUUUUUCUAUGAAAACAAUUAAAAUCCAAUAAAAAAUAGCCAUAAAUCCUC